AUGAUGAAGGAUCCAAAGUUCAAACACCACCCAAAAUGUCAUAAACUGGGAAUCACACACCUCUCUUUUGCUGAUGAUGUACUCAUGUUUUGCAGGGGUGAUUUUGACUCUGUGGAGAUAAUGAUGAAAGCUCUGAAUACUUUUGCUGACACAACUGGAUUGAUUGUGAAUCCAAGGAAAUGCAAAGUUUUCUUUGGUGGAGUGGAUGAAGACACUAGAAGAAGGAUAACUGCACUCACUUCUUAUGAUGAAGGUAUGCUCCCAUUUAGGUACUUAAGGGUUCCACUCACCACUAGAAAAAUGAAUAUCAAGCACUAUCUCCCCCUCAUUGACAAAAUUCUGGCUAAGGUGAAUCAUUGGUCUUCUAGACUUUUGAGUAUGGCAGGCAGAAUUCAACUUGUCAGAACUACUACCACUGCUAUUGCACAAUUUUGGAUGCAUUGUCUUCCCCUCCCCAAGGUUGUCAUAAGGAAGAUAGAUGGUAUUUGUAGAAGCUUUGUUUUGACAGGGAAAGCUAUUGUCAGCGAGAAAAGCCCCAUUGCUUGGGAAUCUGUCUGCAGGCCAAAGAAUAUGGGAGGUAUGAAUAUUUUCAAUCUCUAUCUCUGGAAUGAUAUAGCUCUGUUAAAGGGUCAAAUGGUUGCAUGCUCAUUACCUUAA